CUGGCAUACGACACAAACAAACAUAAACAAACCAAUGGCUUUCAGCUCAAGGACAUGGCUGCUAAGCUCAGCUGUCCUUUUUUCUAUCAUGUCUCUUUCUUGUGGGAGAGAGCCUCCCAAUUCAGGUACAGUAAAAGCUGUUAACCUUGGAGGCUGGCUGGUCACAGAAGGCUGGAUCAAACCGUCUCUUUUCGAUGGCAUUCCCAACAAAGAUUUCUUGGAUGGAACUGAACUUCAGUUAAAAUCUGUGACAACUGGGAAAUAUCUUGCUGCUGAGCUAGGAGGAGGAAGCAUCAUAGUUGCAAACAGAACAUCAGCUUCAGGCUGGGAAAGAUUUAGGCUGUGGAGGAUCAAUGAGACCACAUUCAACUUCAGGGUUUUCAACAAAGAUUUUGUGGGGCUUGAUGUCAAGGGCAAUGGAGCUCAGGUGGUGGCUGUUUCGAAAACACCGGGUAGCUCAGAGACGUUUGAGAUCAUAAGGAAGCCUGAUGAUUUGAGCCGGGUUCGAAUCAAAGCACCCAAUGGAUUCUUCUUGCAGGCCAAGACAGAGGAUUUGGUGACAGCUGAUUAUGCAGGGAGUGGUAGUGGAUGGGGAAACAAUGAUCCAUCUGUUUUUGUGAUUAGCUUUUCUGGAAAAUUGGAGGGAGAGUUUCAAGUAACAAAUGGUUAUGGUCCAAAGAAGGCUCCACAAGUUAUGCGGGAGCAUUGGAACACAUUCAUAGUUGAAGAUGACUUCCACUUCAUAAAAACAAAUGGAUUAAACGCUGUGAGAAUACCAGUUGGUUGGUGGAUUGCAAGUGACCCAACGCCCCCAAACCCUUAUGUUGGUGGUUCCUUGCUAGCGUUAGACAAAGCCUUCUUGUGGGCACAGAAAUAUGGAUUAAAGGUCAUAAUUGACCUCCAUGCAGCACCAGGCUCUCAAAAUGGUUUUGAACACAGUGCUUCUAGAGAUGGCUCUCAGGAAUGGGGCCAAACAGAUGAAAACAUACUGCAGACAGUUGAUGUCAUUGAUUUCUUAACUGCCAGGUAUGCUAGGAGCCCAAGCCUAUACGCAGUUGAGCUCAUAAACGAGCCUUUCUCCCCAGGAGCAUCUCUACAGAACGUGACCAAGUUCUACAAGGCUGGUUAUGCUGCCGUUCGCAAGCACUCCUCCACAGCAUAUGUGGUGUUUUCAAACAGGCUAGGACCAAUGGAGCCAAGGGAGCUUUUCCCCCUUGCCACUGGCUUAAAGGGUUCUGUGAUUGAUGUCCAUUACUAUAACCUCUUUGUGAGCGCUUUUGACAACUUGACUGUCCAACAGAACAUAGACUUCAUCCACACCAAUCGGUCCCAGGAAUUGAAUUAUGUUACCACAUCAAAUGGUCCUCUCACUUUUGUUGGUGAAUGGGUCGCUGAGUGGAAAGUUACCGAGGCAACAAAGGAAGAUUACCAAAGAUUUGCAAAUGCUCAAUUGGAAGUUUGGGGGAGAGCAACAUUUGGGUGGGCUUAUUGGACUCUUAAGAACGUCAAUAAGCAUUGGAGUCUUGAGUGGAUGAUACAGAAUGGUUAUAUAAAGCUAACUUAAGUUGUAACAUCAAUACAUGCAUGGCGCCUCUAUACUGUGAGCUAAGGUUAAUUCAAUCUGGGUCCCUCUGAUGUCCAAAUUAUUCAGAAUCAAUAAAAACCACUGUGUUGCUAGGAUCUAUUAAUUAUGUGACAU